ACGAAGAAACGACAGCGUUGCCCGGGUUCAGUCAUCUCCUUACGUAUCUAUUACUGUUCGUUUCCGGCCUACAGGGAGGGAAGUCAGAAAUCAAUCAAGUCCUCCUCCGCAUCAACGAGAUUUGUAGGAGCUGUCGGAAAAUUUAGAACACCAUCGGUCGGAACGCCGGACGAGAGGGCUGAGAACGGCUAGAGAUAAACAAGGCCGUAGUAAGACUCAAAUAUUUGUCUCCAUUUGAAUUAAAUUAUGCUGGUCCUUGGCUUUGAAGUACUGAGAGGCUUGCCUUUCUGAGAGAUGAUAACAGGGCAAGAUGGAAAAUAUGCUGUAUGCGGAGGAGCUUGUUAGAGAGUUCCUUGUGUUCAGAGGAUUCACUACUACUCUCCAAUCUUUCGAGAAAGAGUUAGCCACUGAUGUUGGUAAAGGGUUUCAAGUCGAAAAGAUAUUGGACUUGGUUUUCUCCAUAUAUAUUCCCAAGUUUCAGGCUGAAAGUUUGGUUGAUCUGUUGAGUUUUUUCAAGCAGUGCUUUUCUUCAUCUGAAACAGCACAUAUUGAAGCACUGUUGAAGUUGCAUGUCUCUAUUCUACGUUAUUAUAUAGUAUAUGCAAUACAAUCAAGAAGGAAGGACAAAGUCGUGGAAUUCUUUGAUGCCCAUGGGACUAACUUGCUCCAAAACGACCAAGAGUGGGCCUCAUGGUUUGCCAUUCCAUAUCUCAAGAACCCACAUUUGGAACCACAGUUUCGCAUGUACUUCACAAAGGAGUGGUACAAUGCACUGCAUCUGUCUGUUAGAAAUUUCUUGAGCAAGAUGUUUAAUGGUACUCGAAUCCCAGCUCUAUUGAAGAUCAGUUCUGAAAGGAUCACUGUGAACCACCUCAAGAAGGACAUUAAACAACUAAAUCUUAAACUGUCAGAACUCCAGGCCUUGUUGGAGGAAAAGGAGGCCCAAUUAAGUCAGUCAAGGAGUAAUGCUUUAUUACAAGCAGAAGUAGGAAUCCUGGCAACAAACAGCUCAUCAAAGUUUGCAGCUGCUAAUGCAGAAGAAAAUAGCAUUUCACGCAGGGUAAAAUCGACAUCUGAUCUUGGUAAAAUCAACAGCAUUCAGGAUCAAAGUGGUGAUAUGCCUGCUGAGGAUUUUCAUUCAACUUCUAGGGUAGAUAGUCAUCUUAGUGGGAGUGAAAGAAGCCAUGAUUUGAUAGCAGCACAAGAAACUGAUGGUGAAAUGCAUCGAGAUGAAGAUUUUCCAGAAGUGAAAGUUGAAUUUCAGGAGAGAUUUUUGGGCCACACGAGUCCAAUCAGCCGUUGUCGUUUUUCUGCAUCUGGAGACAAUAUUGCAAGUGCUUCUGUAGAUGGCACAGUCAGGAUUUGGACGUAUGAUUCAUCAGCGCCUGCAUCGAGGAAUGCAACCAUCUAUUGUGGUGCUGAGGUCCUGUCACUUGAGUGGGAUUGUAAAUCUGAUCGCUUGCUUCUUAUUGGGACUGCUGAUGGAUGCAUUAAAGCAUGGAAUGUUGAUGCUAAGCGUGUUGUUUGUGAUCUUAACUCCAAUAGAGAAUUCCCAAGUGUCUUGGAUAUUAAAUGCAGCCCGGUGGAGCCAAUAUUCGUCUCUGCUGCAGCAUCCAGAGGGCAUGGAACAAAUUAUAUUGAUAAAUUGGGUUUUGCAUCUUUGACUGUAUGGAACAUGCGGUCAUGGAAGGCUAUGACAGUCCUUCCUUUAGGUAAAGAUCCUCCAGCAAUUACUUCAGUAUGUUUCAAUCACAACGGGAAGCUUUUAGCAGCUGCAGCAACUGAUGGAAUGAUUCAUAUGUUUGAUAUGUCUGCUGGCCUGCAAAUUACUGGGUGGCCAGCUCAUGACUCUGCAAUUAGCUCUGUUCAUUUUGGGCCUGACGAGACAAGCAUUUUCAGCUUAGGUGCAGAUGGAAAGAUAUUUGAAUGGAGUUUGCACAAUCAAGGCAAAAUUCUUUGGUCAAGAAAUUGCAGCAGGUUCUGCAACUUUGAGAACUCAUUGCACUGUAGACAUGAAAUGGCUUUAGAUGCUAAUGGGAAAAGACUUCUGCUGACUUCUAAUUCAGUAAGAGCACCCAUAUAUCAGGUUCGAGAUUGUACAACUGGGAUGAGAACUCUUCCUCACAGUGCAUGUGUAACAACGGUAGAUUGGCAUCCGACGUUGCCCAUCUUUUUAACUGGAUCUGCUGAUAACUCGGUGCGAGUCACAUCCAUAUCUUGAUUCUGUUGUCUUAUGGUUUCAACCAUCUGUUCCCUGGCAAUAUUAAUAGGUGGAAGUUCCCAUCUGUUUCAGCUAUAAUACGCUCGAGUAGGCAAUUGCUCGUUCAUGUUCUAGAUUCUUUUGAAUGUAGGGAAAGUGACUUUACUUUUGGUUAAUGGUUCCAAACAACGAUGAGUUGUCUAAUUGAGUGUGAUUAGAUCGCUAGCAAGAAAACUUGUGUCUUUGUGAGAGAGUUGGGUGGUUUGGGACUUGAUGAAUGCACAACGCCUGUCAUCUUCGUAUCCUUGUCAGUCGGACAGGCAUACGUUUAAGUCAUCUGUAAUUCGAAGGUUCGAAUGGGAUAGAUUUCUCCUUUCCUAUCUCACAAGAGUGAUAAGAGUGGAGACCUCUUUUGGGUCUUUUCAGUUUUUUAGUGGGGGAUGUUACUUCGACUCUUUUGUCGGGAAGAAGCAUGAACUGAUGAAGGGGAUGCGAGAAGAUUUCAUAAUUUUUAUGCA